UCGAGUAAUGCAGAAAUUUCUCGCAAGUUUCUUACAACUGAGUUUGUUGGCUCCUCUUUUGCCGCGUCCAGUUCCUACUGAGUCAGACUCGUAAAGUUCCUUAACUUGCCCUAGAGAGAGAGCUGGACUUCUUGCUCGGAUGCUGGUGAAAGAAGAACAUAAAUUGAUACUCAUGGAUUGGUCUUCCAGCUGCUAGUCCAAAAUGUCAUCUUCUUCAUCGGUUCCUAGCCGGUACGAGUCACAGAAGAGCCGAGACUGGAACACAUUUGGCGAGUACCUACGAAACCAUAGGCCUCCACUCUCUCACUCCCUAGUAAAUGCUAACCACAUCAUCGAGUUCUUACGGUAUCUUGACCAGUUUGGCAAGACCAAAAUUCACAUCGGCACCUGCCCCUUCUUCGGUAAACCAGAUUUGCCUGCACCGUGCCCUUGCCCGCUCCGGCAGGCCUGGGCAUCCCUCGAUGCCCUCAUAGGUCGCCUUCGAGCCGCCUAUGAAGAGAACGGUGGGAAGCCGGAGAAGAACCCUUUUGGUUCCAGAGCAGUGCGGCUCUACCUAGGCAAAGUCCGCGAUUCACAGUCCAAAUCGAGGGGGAUACCUUAUGGGAAGAAAAGGACGAAGAAAUCAUCGCAUUUUAAAGCCAAUUAUAGUGGUGAAGAUGAAGUCCUAAAGGACUCAAGCACUACUACAGAAAUUGAUUUUGAUCACUAUGAAGUGUUCUUGAAUUGCACAACCUCAGACACUAGCUACACCUUCUGCAACGACCUGUACGAUCAUAUCAACUGCGUACAAGUCUGCACCUUUUGGGACAAUUACGUCUCCUCUCGUGAAGAAGAGGAGAUUGGAUCAGAGCUCCUCAAUGCAAUCUGUGCGUCAAAGAUCUCAAUCCCAAUACUCUCCAAAAACUAUGCUUCCAGUAAAUGGUGCCUCCGUGUGCUCACUCACAUGGUGGAGUGCAAGAGAAGCAUGGGACGAUUGAUUUUGCCCAUCUUCUAUGACGUUGAACCCUCUGAAGUGAAGCAUCAAUCUGGGAGUUAUGAGGAAGCCUUUCACAAGCACAUGAAAUGUUCUGACGAAAGAACUGUUGAGGAAUGGAAGGAGGCACUGAGAGAGGUUGGGGCACUUAAGGGUUGGGAAGUGAAGGAAGAAAGGUAUCAACACAAAUUAAUAAAAGAAAUGAUUGUUCCAGCAGUGUUGUUGGAGUUAACAAAGCAGAUCAUGGAUGUACCUGACUACUUGGUUGGAAUGGAUCAUCAUCUAGAUAAAAUGAUGGGAUUAUUAAAUGUUGGCUCCAAUGAAGUACAAAUUGUUGUUAUUGCUGGGAUCGGUGGUAUUGGCAAGACAUCUAUUGCCAAGUUCAUCUACAAUGAACUCAUUGAGAGCUUUGAAUGUCAUAGCUUCCUUGCAGAUAUUCGAGAGACAGCGCAGCAGCGCAAUGGUAUUGUUGAUUUGCAGAAAAAGCUUCUCACUGACACUGUAAAAUGGUGUCCUGACAUUUCUGAUGUUGAAGGUGGAAUGGAUGUGAUUAAACACGUAUUUCGCAGAAAGAAAGUUCUUCUUGUUCUUGAUGAUGUGAUUGAAAUCUCUCAAUUUUAUUGGCUUGUGGGAAAGCAUGACUGGUUUGGUUCAGGAAGUAGGAUCAUAGUUACAAGUAAAGACAGGAAUGUUUUAAAGGAUAUUAAAGUGAAUGGGACUUAUGAAACUCCAGUUAUGAAUCCUGUGCAAUCUCUUAAACUUUUCAGUAUUCAUGCUUUUAGAAGGGAGUCUCCUCCUGAAGACUAUGUUAGUAUCUCUAGGGAGGUUGCAUCUAAUGCUGCAGGGCUUCCUCUAGCUCUUGAGGUCAUGGGUUCAUUUCUCUCUGACAAAGGGAUAAAGGAUUGGGAAGAUACAUUGAAGAAGCUGAAGAAAAUAUCUCAUGAUGAAGUCGAGAAAAAGUUGAUGGUAAUUUAUGAAGCAUUAAGUGAUGUGCAACAAAAUAUAUUUCUUGAUAUAUCAUGUCUUUUUACUGGGAUGGAUAAAGCAACUGUAUUUUACAUGUGGGAUGAUUGUGGCUAUCAUCCAGAAAUGGAAUUUAAUGUCCUUUGUCUCAUGUCUCUCGUAAAAGUGGAAAACAAUACUAAUGAGCUGAGGAUGCAUGAUCAGUUUAGAUCUCUAGGUAGGAAAAUCGUCUAUGAAGAAAAGAUUUUGGGAAAUCGUAGUAGGUUGUGGAACCACAAGGAUGCCUUGUAUGUAUUGGAGGGACGGAAAGGAACUGAAAAGGUUGAAGCCCUGAGUCUUUGGUUUGUAUUGGGUUCUGGAAAGAAGCCUCGCUUCGCAAGUAAGGAAUUUGCAAAACUAAUAUCUCUAAGGUAUCUCCGAGCUGAUGGCAUAGAGCUUGUUGGGGAUUUUAAGCAUCUGUUUCCCAAUUUAAGAUGGCUUAGUUGGCGUGGUUGCCCUCCGCAAUUUAAAGCAACCAAUUUUCAUUUCAAGAAUUUAGUCAUUCUUGAUCUAUCCGAUAGCGGCAUCACAGAAGACUGGGGGGGUUGGAAUCAAAUCAAGAUGGCAAAUAAGUUGAAAGUUCUACAACUGACUGAUUGUGCUUUAAGGAGAACUCCAGACUUUUCAUCAUAUGCAAGUCUAGAGAUAUUGAUUCUUCGACGUUGUAGAAAUUUGGUUGAAAUUGACCGAUCCAUAGGUUGUCUGAAGAAUUUAGAAGUGCUGGACAUUUCAUAUGCUGAUAUAAGGGAGUUACCUGAUGAAAUUCUGGAGUUACAGAAGUUGAAAGUGAUAGGUUUUAAAUAUUGAAGUUAUUUGAAGACAAUCCUAGUAAUAUGGGGUAUCCAUACCAAAAUUUGAAUCCUGCAAUGAGCAUUUGAGAGCUCUCUUGCCUCCACAGCCUUAAAUUGAGAGGCUGCAUAGAGCUUCAAUCGCAGGUGGAGGGUCAGUCAAAUUUAAGGAGUCAGUCAAAUGUCUGCAUAGAACUCCAGACAUUUCUUACAAUUUCUACUUGAUUUAUGUGAGUUUCACUUUAAUGGGGGCUGUGAGCAUGUGGAGACUACUAGAAGUUGCAUUUAUGCUUACGUACGUUCAAAGGGCUUGAAAA